AUGGCGAUAGUGAUCCUACGACUGGCCGUCCGUACAUGGACCAAGAUGUGGCUCUUCGCCUUAUCCGACAUCUUCCUCGUGCUAGCGCUCUUGUUCUUCCUCGCCCUCGUGGUUGGCGACACCUACAGUUUCAGCCUGGGUCUCCUGGCCUUCUACAACAAGCUCUUCCCCCCCUCUGAGCACAAGAUGCGAGUUUUCUUAUACCUCGUCACGGCCUAUACGACUUGCGGGUUCAUAUCUGUCAUCCUUAUGGACUUGAUGUGGUGCAAUCUGGACAUCGCGGCGAACUGGAGCCCAAACCCUGAUAUUUGCGCCUUUGUCAGCUCUCAGACCCCGGGCUUUAUCAGCUGGCCAGUCGGCAUCGUGUCUGAAGUCCUAGUCUUUGCCCUCCCGUUCGGCCUCCUGAGACGAUUGAGAACACUCGACCACAAGGAAAAGAUCGGUCUCAUCUGUAUCUUCAUGUUCGGCUCAGCGACAUUGCUCGUUAGCACGACACGCUUCAUUUUACAGGUGCAGGGCCAGUUCUCGUACGGUUCUUCCGCCGAGUCAAAAAGAAUCACGUUUGGACUGACGAAGAGCAUGCUCCUGCGAAGACCUGGUCGGCGACGUCGACCAAGCGACGCAAAUCAUCGUCGUGGCUCUGCCAAGGCUUCGGCCUCUCCUGAAGCAACUCCGGGGUGGAUCGAUCAAGAGGCUGUCGGCUUGGGUAUCCGGCUUCGUUGGCUCAGGCGCAAGGUCCUCGAAAAGCGCGACGAAGUCGACCAUCCACCAAAGUACCGCGUCGAGCACGCAAGGUUUCCGCCAGGAACAUAG